ACAGGUCGCUCCGGAGAGGGGAGGAGAUAGCUUCGCUUCAUAAAUGGUCCCACCCCUGGACAAGGUAGCUCACUCUGACAGGUAACAACUGGGAGUGUGCACCUGCCACCAGUCCAGCUCAGCAGGACUGUGAGACGAGGCGGAGCUCGAGCAGAGGGAGUGAGUGAACAAUGGACAACUUGAAGUGCCCCAGCUUCUUCAAGUGCAGAGGGAAAGAGAAAGUGACAGCGUCAUCUGAGAAUUUCCAUGUUGAUGAAAAUGAUGAGAAUCAAGUACGUGGCAACUGGUCCAAUAAAUCGGAUUAUCUUCUAUCUAUGGUUGGAUAUGCAGUUGGAUUGGGGAAUGUGUGGAGAUUCCCGUAUUUGACCUACAACAAUGGCGGAGGUGCCUUCUUGAUACCUUAUGCGGUUAUGCUAGCAUUGGCUGGUUUACCAUUGUUCUUCCUAGAGUGUUCACUGGGACAAUUUGCUAGCUUAGGUCCAGUUUCAGUUUGGAAUAUUCUUCCAUUGUUUCGAGGUGUGGGAAUUACAAUGGUCCUGGUAUCCGUUUCUGUGACCAUCUAUUACAAUGUCAUAAUUGCCUAUAGUAUUUACUACAUGUUUGCUUCUUUUCGAAGUGAACUACCAUGGAAAAAUUGUUCUUAUUGGGCAGAUCAAAACUGUAGCAGAUCGCCUAUCGUAACUCACUGCAAUGUGACUACACACAUAGAGACACUCAUCCAUGUGAAUAAAAGCUGGGUAGACUUCAACAAUUUUACCUGCGACAAUGGAACUGAAAUUUAUCAACCAGGGCAACUUCCCAGUGAACAAUAUUGGAACAAAGUGGCACUCCAACGCUCAAGUGGAAUGGAUGAGACUGGAAAAAUUGUGUGGUAUUUAGCACUUUGUCUUCUACUGGCUUGGAUCAUAGUUGGUGCAGCACUAUUUAAAGGAAUCAAGUCUUCUGGAAAGGUGGUAUAUUUUACAGCUCUUUUCCCAUAUGUUGUCCUACUCAUCCUGCUAAUACGAGGUGCAACUCUGGAGGGUGCAUCACAAGGCAUUUCAUAUUAUAUAGGAGCACAGUCAAAUUUUACAAAACUUAUGGAAGCUGAGAUUUGGAAAGAUGCUGCCACACAGAUAUUUUACUCCCUUUCAGUGGCUUGGGGUGGCUUAGCUACUCUAUCGUCUUACAAUAAGUUCAAUAAUAACUGCUUCUCAGAUGCCAUUGUGGUAUGUUUGACAAACUGCCUCACUAGUGUGUUUGCUGGAUUUGCUAUUUUUUCUAUAUUGGGACACAUGGCUCACAUCUCUGGACAGGAAGUAUCUCAAGUUGUAAAAUCAGGUUUUGAUUUGGCAUUUGUUGCUUAUCCAGAAGCUCUAGCCCAACUCCCAGGUGGACCAUUCUGGUCUAUAUUAUUUUUCUUCAUGCUUUUGACUUUGGGUCUUGACUCUCAGUUUGCUUCCAUUGAAACAAUUACAACAACAAUUCAAGAUUUAUUUCCCAAAGUGAUGAAGACAAUGAGAAUUCCCAUAACUUUGGGUUGCUGCCUGGUUUUGUUUCUCCUUGGUCUCGUCUGUGUAACUCAGGCUGGAAUUUACUGGGUUAAUCUGAUUGACUACUUCUGUGCUGGAUGGGGCAUUAUGAUUGCAGCUAUACUGGAAUUAAUUGGAAUCAUCUGGAUUUAUGGAGGGAACAGAUUCAUUGAAGAUAUAGAAAUGAUGAUUGGAGCAAAAAGGUGGAUAUUCUGGCUAUGGUGGAGAGCUUGCUGGUUUGUCAUUACGCCUGUUCUUUUGAUUGUAAUUUUUAUCUGGUCACUGGUGAAAUUUAAUAGACCUACUUAUGGCGAAAUUCCAUACCCGGACUGGGGAGUUGCUUUAGGCUGGUGUUUGAUUAUUUUCUGCAUUAUUUGGAUUCCAAUUAUGGCUAUUAUAAAAAUAAUUCAAGCUAAAGGAAACAUCAUUCAACGUAUUGUAAGCUGCUGCAGACCAGCUCCUAACUGGGGUCCAUACCUGGAACAACACCGUGGGGAGAGAUAUAAAGACAUGGUGGAUCCUAAGAAAGAGAUUGACCAUGAAAUACCUACUGUCAGUGGCAGUGGAAAACCAGAAUAACUUCUAAUUUUAAAAAAUAUGUGCUUGUGUAAUGUGAUUAUUUUAGCGAAAAUUUUUAUUUAUUUGUAUGUUAAUUGAAUAAAAUGUAUAUAUUAUGUUCAUAAUAGUAUAACAGCUAUUUUUUCCCAUUUAAGCAGGAAUGUAAUAUAAAAAUGUUUAGUAAUGUGCCCAUUAUAUUUCUUUUUAGAUGAUCUAUCUGUAUUAACACACACAUAGCUGUCUCUGUUUCACAAUACCAUUUUUGUACACAUUACCAUAAUAUAUUGAAGGCUUUAAUUUGAGCAGGUUAUUUAGAAAAUAGUUAUAUUUGCUAUUGUAUAAGUUUUAUAAUAUUACUUGUUUAUAUUUUCUUGUUAUACAAUCUUUUAUUCCCCAUAAAGCUGGGGAAAAUAAAUCAGUAUAUUUAAAAGAAAGUAUUAAAGUUGAAGGCCUCACUUAAUUAGAAAUGGUAUACAUAUAUGGAAUAAAUGGACUCUAUAUAUAACAUGUGGAUAUAGUUUAAUACUUUUGAUCCAAAUAUGUCUAAAAACUUUAGGUAUUAAUGGAUAACUUUUUCUAUAUGAACAUAGUAAUUAUGUCCUUUAUUUACAAAUAGCAAAAUAAGACAGAAAAAUAAGGACCCUGUGUACAGUAAGUGAUAAAUCUAGAAAAUAGAAACCAGAAUCUUUAAGUACUUCCUUCCCCAUAUAAUCUCUUCCUUAGGUUAUAUUUGGAAGAAAAAUAUGACCCAUCUAAUUUCUACUACUUUAGAAAAUUAAGAGUAGUUCAUUGUACUCUUUGAAAUCUAGCUGUAAUUUCAAAUAGAACAUGGAACAAACUAUGAGUGAAGAAAUGGCUUCAAUCAAAUUUAAAAAUUUAUGUUGUAAUAUAUUAGUAGAUCAAGUAGAA